AAAGACAGAGAUGGAGAGCGAGAUGAGUCCCUCAGGUGCUUUGGGGAAGUUGGUAACUGUUUUGAGUAUUGAUGGUGGUGGCGUCAGGGGUUUAAUCCCUGGAGUCGUGCUUGCUUUCCUUGAGGCUGAAUUGCAGAAAUUAGAUGGGAAGGAGGUGAGAUUGGCCGAUUACUUUGAUGUUAUCGCAGGAACCAGCACUGGUGGCCUAAUAACCGCCAUGAUCACUACUCCGGACAAAAACAACCGUCCUCUCUAUGCUGCCAAAGACAUCGUUCCGUUUUACCUUGAGCAUUCUCCCAAGAUAUUCCCUCAUAAAAACAGUGGAGGGUUGCUUGGUUCAGUUAUAAACUUUUUCGGGACAGUGGCCGGGCCUAAGUACGACGGAAAAUACUUGCAUUCUUUACUGAAAAAACUUCUUGGAGAUAGCAAAAUUAAUCAAACCUUAUCAUCCAUUGUUAUACCUACCUUCGAUAUAAAGCUUCUUCAGCCUAUUAUUUUCUCAACCAGCGAGGCAAACAGGGAUGUCUCAAAGGAUGCCUUCUUAGCAGAUGUGUGCAUUAGUACAUCUGCUGCACCUACAAUUUUCCCAGCUCAUUACUUUGAAACCAAAUAUUCACAAGGAAACAUCAGGAGUUUCAACCUCGUAGAUGGUGGAGUUGCAGCCAGUAACCCUACUCUACUGGCGAUGAAUACGGUCACAAAUGAUUUAUUAAUGAAACGUGAAGAUUUAGCACCAGUCAGAGCCACAGACUACAAGAAAUACCUGAUUUUAUCCUUAGGGACAGGAAAUGCUAAGAAUGAACAGAAAUACAGUACUUCAGUUGUCUCAAAAUGGGGUGUUUUAGGGUGGUUAUAUGAUGGAGGUAAUGUUCCUCUCAUUGAUGCUUUCACCCAAGCAAGUGGAGAUAUGGUUGAUAUUCAUGUCUCCACUCUCUUCAAUGCACUCCAAAGCGAGGAAAACUACCUACGCGUUCAGACAGAUGACUUAGUAGGAAACACCUCAUCAGCAGACAUAUCAACAGAGGAGAAUAUGCGAAAUUUGAUUAAGAUAGGCGAAGCUCAGCUGAAUAAAGGCCUCUCUAGGGUUAACUUAGAUACUGGAAUGUCUGAGGUGGUUGAAGGAGCAGGCACCUACGGAGACGCCCUAAUUCGUUUUGCUAAGGUUCUAUCCACUGAACGUCGAGCAAGGCUAGCCAAAUCUUAAUCGCAUUCUGGUAAUUGAACAUUUGGGAGCCGCAUUAGAGUAUUAUUCAAAUAUGGAAUACCCAGAAGCGGUACCCUUUAGAAAAUACUCAUGGCAUUUACUUUUUUUACCGUUGUUGGGUCAAUUUGUUUGUGACUUGUGUUGCAACGGUUUUGAUGCCUGAUUGUUGCAUCAGUUUCUACACAUAAUUUGGGUGUUAUGUAAACAUCGACUCAACUGAUUAUCAUUGAUGAAGACUUAUCUCUCUCUAUGCUUAAAA